UUACAAAAAAAUAAUCGACAUACUAUGUUUCUUGGGUCAAUGAAUUUCGAUUCGAAACCAACCGAACUUCAACCGAUGUUCGAUUUUCCAAUCGAUAACAAUUUCAAACUUGCACUUUUCACUUAUUACCUGUCAAAUGAUACUGUGGAUCGAUUCAUUCUCGAAGAAAUUGCACAAUGAGAAGCUCAUUCGUUAUUAAUUGUUGAAAUAUUCGAUUCCCGAGGCCUGCCAUGAAAUGGUGUCUAAUCAACCUAUAGAACCUUGAUAUAUUGUAUAGAAAAAUUUCGUGUCACGACGAAUUUAUGCUACUGAAUAGGUAUAUAUUACCGCGUGAUAAAAUCUACUAAAAUAUUUUCCACGAAUAAUGGUGCCUGCAACCCGUGGAACGCAGUCGAUCGGGUCCUGGUUUCGUUCGUUCAAAAAUCUGAAGUUACUUCCGUUAGUAUCCGGAUUUCACGUUGCAGGCAUGGAGAAACCGGACUCUUCAAUGGGCGGUGGAAGCGUCAUCGAACUCGAAGAUCGCGAUCCAAAUAAUUUAAAUCAACAUCUUCAGGUGAUGUGGGACGAUGUGAUCGGGGAGCCAGAUGGUAUCAGGAGUCCAGAGUGCGCGUGGAGACUGAGUAGCCACUGCUUCCGGCUUUCGAGGGGUUGCUGUUACGUGUUCCUUUCGGUUCUCGUAGCGCCGCUGGCAGCCCUUUGCCUAGGCUUUACCUUCGCGUGUCUGGCCUUUGAGCACAUUUGGUGCAUUGCCCCUUGCCUUCGAGUUUGGAAAAUCUCCUGCGCAGCGACGAGGAACUUCUGCAUGGCUUCUGUUCAAGCUGUUGUUCGUCCUUGCACAGAAUCUGUUGGUUAUCUGUUCCACAACGUUCGAAUUAUGAAUCAGAGGUUGCCGGACGGCCCGGAUAGAAAGGACGAUAUACUUAUUAUCUAAGCCGAAACCGAAGGAGUAAGAAACAAAUCUGAAUAAAGCAUAUAAGAUAAAAAAAAAAAAAUACGCUGGUGAUCCAAAAAUAUUUAAUUAAUUAUUAUAAUAAGACCGAAGAGAGAACUUUUAUAAAACACGAUGUACAAACGGUUACAGAGAUGAUAAGAAAUUUAUGAAAAUUUAUAUAAUACAGAUAUACGUAUUUAUAGGUACAUAGUUCAAUAUAUAAUUGUAUAAACGAAUUUCGUUGUUGUUUAGGCGAAAAAAAAGGUAUGGUGAAGUCUGUUUUUAAAGAAUUAUUGCUUUAACCUAGCAAUUAUUUUAUUAGUUUUCGUGCGAAUAAUAAUUAAUUUGUCCUAACCGAUAAUGUAAGAUUAUGCAAUUACGGUUGAAAAAUCUAUUGUCUAAAGGUGACCAAAUAUCCGUCCAAUACGCCCAAAACUUGAGUGUUUCUAAUAAAUUGAAGACAUUUAAUAUUGAA